AUGGAGAAGCUUCAAGAUGUACAAAAAUAUAGUGCAGAUAUUUUCCCUGUGUCGUUAGGGCUAGUUAGAGAUAACAAUUUAGAUGCAAUUUCACAGGAGAAUAUUUUUGCUGCUUUUUUUUAUAUCACCCUGUUUCUUCUGUCCAUUAGGAUUCUACUAAAUAUUUAUUAUCGAUCAGUGGUUCAAAAUGCACAAGAACUUUUUAUGCUUAUGAAGUAUGACUUCAAUAAUAGAAAAGGAGCGAUGGGAGAACUUAUGAACAAAGUGUCAGGACCCCUGAACAUGUUUAAGAUGUACGUAUUGAAUGAGCUUAAUACAAUUCUAGGAGUAAUAGUUAAAAAAUUAACAAGUACCAAUGAAGACGUCAAAUAUAUUCAGGGAUAUCCAACACAGGAUAAUUUAAUGAAUUCAUAUUAUGAUAAUGAACAUUAUGACAACGAAUACCAUAAUGACGCGGAUUACAAGAAUGAACGACAACGACAACUAGAACAAGAAGAACAGGAAAGACAACGACAACUGGAACAAGAAGAAGAGGAAAGACAACGACAACUAGAACAAGAAGAACAGGAAAGACAACGACAACUAGAACAAGGUGAUGACCAGGAUAAUAAGGAAGACGAAGAAGACCAUGAUGGAAACGAACAGGAUUCUAUGCAAAAAGGAUUAGGUGAUAGAUUCAUGACAGAAUUUAACAGUGGCAUGAAAUUUGCAGAAGCAAACAGCAACCUUUAUAAGUUUUAUUGGGAACUCGCGCAGAACAAGCCACCAUACAGCUUCACAAAAGAAGGUGACGAAGAUAUGAUCAAAGACACAACUGAUGAAGAAUCUUUGAAAAAUUCCGAAGAUGCCGAUGAAGAAGCAACCACCGAUAGUGACAUAAAGGAAAAUGUAAUAGAAAAAAAAACUGAAAAAGAUAGCAACACAAAUGAAGAAAUGGAAAGCACUGAAAAUAUUACACUAGAACCUGACACAAAAGGACAAUCAAAGUCAGAAACAGGUGAACAAUUAAAACGUGCAACGGGUGUACCAUCGAAACGUGCAACCAGGCGAGGAAAAAAAACUGAUGCCAACGCAGUAGCAAAGCGCCAUUCGGCCGCGGUUCCUAAACGUCAAAACAUUGGACCAUCGAAACAUGUAACCAGCGGAGUAGCAAAGCGCGAUACCAGAGCGGUUCAUAAACGUGAAACAUCGGGACAAGAGAACCCCCCAAAAAACGAACAAGCACAGGACAAGACAAAUGAAGAACCAACGAAUGUGACACAGGAAGCGAAUGCCGGAAUACAACAAGAUAAAAUGAAAAAAAAACUAAACCUUAAAAAUAUAAUUUCAAAAGAUAAAGAAAACAGUGAAAAAGGUGCAAAUGCUGAUAACUCAAAUAAAACCGUACAAACAGAAGAAUGGAAAGUUAAUGAAUGGAAUAAAUGGUUGCAGCAGAUAGAUGAACAGUGGCAUUUUUUCUUUUUAGAUCUGCAAAACAAAACAACCGAUUGGAUGAAGCAAACAGAAGGAGAAUUUAAAAAAUGGACAAAAGAAAUGGAAACUAAAUGGAUGAAUUACAACCACAACUUGGAUAAGGAAUAUGGCACUGAUCUUUACAAAAAAUAUCCAACGUGGAAUGAAUCUCAGUGGACAACAUGGAUGAAAACAGAUGGAAAAAAACUAAUACAAGAAGAAUGGAUUAAGUGGAUAAACGAUCAUGACAGUAAAUUGAGUGAAUGGGUUAACUAUGACUGGUGCCAAUGGAGAUCCUUAAAGAAGUUUAAUUGGGAAUUGAGUCAAUGGAAAAGUGAUGAAUAUGAACAUUGGGCAGAAUCGCAAAAUGGAAAUUUGGCCCUGUUGCUACAUAAAAAAAAAAGAAAAAAAUAUUUAACAUGGAAAAACAGGAUCGAAAGGGAAAAGUCAGAAUGGGAUAGUUGGGUGCAAUCAAAGGAUGAGUUAAUUGUAAAAAGUAAAGCCGAUAAAUGGGAUGAAUGGAAAAAUGAAAAACGUCAAUUAUUUUGCGACUGGAUGGAAAACUUUAUAAACACAUGGAUCAGAAGGAAGCAGUGGAAUUCAUGGGUUACAGAGAGACGAAAUGUACUUUCCGGAAGAGAAUCGUCUGCAUAUUAA